AUGAGGAAAUCUACUCAAUAUUUACCUCCAUUCAGUGAAGCUAAUGAAACGAAUGACAUCGAAGACUUUACUAGUAAAUCCAAGUCUAUACAGCCUAAAAGUUGUUUUCCUCAAAAAAGUUCUACUUUUGAAGAAACCAACAAUGGGUAUACUGGGGGAGUAGCUACAAUUUAUCAGAGAGCAAGUUAUCGGCCUAGAUCUUCGGCAUCUGUUGGAAGUAAUUUGAAACGCAAGAUGUCGCAUGGCUAUUCGCAACAACAACAGUAUUUUCAAAACUUUUCUCUCCCAUACCCUUACUCUCGUGACAACUCAAGGUCUUCAUCCUUUCACUCUAUCCCAAUAUCAAGACAACAUUCUAUCAGUACUGUGGGAACCUCUAAGCAAAAACUUAUACUACGCAACAAUUCUGGAUCUUCGCAAAAUUUUGCACGUAACAGUAGUAUUUUAUCAUCGCAACCUGUCGACAUACGAAGCUCCAUCAAUUCUAGAGUCUUGUUAAACAAACCUCCCCAAAACAGGUCGAGCAGUAUAUUUGAUCCAAUUAGUAGAAAAUCUAGACCUACUGGCAUUCUUUCUGAAGAAAGAAAAUCCCUGCGAGUUAUCAUUACUCCUGAGAAGGUCACUAUUAUCGACCCACCUCUUCGACACAAGCUGGCGUUGUCACUCCCGUCGCCCAUAAUGACCACAUACAUUAAUCAAAAUGGCACUAUUGUCCCCACUCUUUCCGGCUCAAGUCUUGAACAUACAAUCCAAGUGCUGCGGCGGUCGUUGCUUCAAAACAAAGUUGGCAUUCUUCCUGGACUGGGCCCCAAAAAUGAGCCAGCCGCACCAAGUCGCAACCGAUUUUUUGUCAAUGACUAUAUCGAUGAAGAUGAAGAUUUUGAAGAGUUAGAAGAGCCUGGUAUAGUUGAAGAUGACGACGAUGAGGAGAAAAUUGAAUCUUUGGUCCCUUUAAUUCAAUUUCUCAAGACUGCUAAGUAUCACAUGGUCCAGCUCCAAAAACAGUAUGCAAAACAUGUUGCUGCAAGCACACUGAAGAAUGAAAAAUAUAAUUCGGAUAGAAAAAUUUGCUAUGAUGAUGUUUUUUGGAAAUACUUUGCCAUGUCGAUUUCUACAGAGUACCUCAAAGUCGAACAUGUUCCAAGCAUCUAUGGGCCCAAAGAAUCAUUAUUUUUUCAGACUAACAGAUCAGCUUCGUCGUCCAUUAGAUUAUCUGGAAGCAUUCGCGUGAUCCGGCGUCGGAGUAGCACGCGCACCAGGAAAAACAAGAGAAAAAACAAAAAGACUGUCACCGAUAAGCCCAAAAAGAAAAAGAAAGCUAGUAGGUUCCGGAAAUGGUUUUGGUUCAAAAAAAGCAAAAAGGAAGAUGAAACAGAUUUAGACUCGAAUGACAGCUCAGUAGCAGUUUUGUCUGAAAGCACAAAUUUUUCUCACUCCCAGAAUUUGUCUUCUUUUUCUACUGAAAACACAGCAGAAACCAGCAUUGAAUCUGUUGCAACUCCUCCAGUCAGUAAACACACUGAGCAACUUUGGAAAGACGCCAUGUCUAUUCUCGAUUCAAAGCAUACCAGUUCUCGUUCCGUAAACAAGACAACCAAUGUCCAAGCUCUUUUCAACGUGGCAGUGUAUGACCAUCCCCCAGUUUCUUCUUCUAUGUCUCGACUUGCUAGCGAUGCUUCAGUAGACGCAUCUACUAAUAGUGCUGGCGGUCACUGUGUUGCUGCUAGUCCCGUUCUUGAGUGUCUGGUAGUUUUAUACUUUGAUAAGAAUGGUAUACCAACACGACGAGCUGUAACAGCAGAAACUGUGGUGUUGCAAGCCUCUGGAAAAAGUGGGCGAGUAAUGCGUGCGGCACGCACGGCCAGCUUGGCUACUCGAAACAGUAACCGGCAAACAGGCAGAAUGGGAUCUGCAUCUGCGUUUGGAAGCCGUGAGCCUGGGGAGUUGUUGCAACGUAAUGAGCAUCAUCGACAACAGUUUUGGGGUGCGGCUCACGGCCCACGGUAUCAUUUGAGCACUUCCAUCCCGUCUCGACAAGAACUGGAACUUAAGAUCCCGUUGUUAAGCACCACCACUCCAGAAAAAAAAACAUCAUCAGUUGUCGUUCCUCCACCACCAAAAAAUCCAAAAUCAAUUAUUCCAUUAAACUCUGAGCUUCUUAACAGGCCACUUCCCCCUACACCUGAUGCAUUUCCCAAGCGUUUAAGAACUGGAAAUGUUGUUGAAAAACCUCUUCCUCACCGUCCUAAUUCUUUUAUCAAGAACCCAGUUGAUGUAAAGCAAGAUCGGGAUAAUGCGAGUGUUGUUUCGACUCCCGUAAGUUUAUUCCCACAACCUCCGCCUCUUCCCCCUCGGACACAAAAGUCAAAGAUUACAGUGGCCACAUCUUUUGAGUCUCCAUAUCCAAAUAUUGUACCUCCAAUACUACCUUUUGCUGGUUCGGCCGUUACUAUACCAUCUACUGUCCAGAUUGCUGAACCACAGCGGCCACCUUCUGCAGCCCCGACUGUCGGGUUACAACGACCACCUUCUACAGCUCCAAGUUUUGCACCUACACCCCAGCGCUACUAUUUUGGGCGUCAAGAGCCUGGUGAAUUUGGUGAUCCUCCAGAGUGUGAAACUAGACCUGUAAGCUGUUCUAGUUUCAAACCCAAUUUGAGUGUCAAGGCAUUUCACCGAGUCGAACGUCCAAUAGUUACACGACCACAAUUACAAAUGACAUCAUCCACCCCUAUUGUUGAAAUACCUAUUGCCGUUAACAAGUAUUACAAUAGUGCUGACGCUUGCUAUAAGCGCCCAAGUAAUGGACCCAGUGGAUUUAUUCCAGCAAGUGUUUUCUCGUUACCACAAACAGUACCACCAGAGCCACAGCAAAAGCGGCAUCCAGCUCCAUUGUUUCAGCUUGAAUUAGAUGACAUUGAUGAUGAAUUGGUGCAAGAAUUGCGAGAUUAUAUGAGUGCGGUUCAACGACUUGAUACUUUUCUUGAGGUUAAUGCCGAUGAAGAAGAAAAAGAAGAAAAUGGACAGGGAGAAUCUGGUGAUGAAAUGGUUCCCAUUUCUGUCAUUUCUAGCGGGUACCCUGUUUCUGAUGUUGGUCAUUUCAAUCCAGUUACAACAGCUUCCACUCCCCUUGUAUCUAAACCUCUGACGGACCAAAAAUCAUUACGGCAAUGUCUUCGAGGCAAUAACUCCACCUCUUCUGUUUUAUCUAUGAAGAAUCGUUACAGUGCAAAUACACUUCAACUGCAGUUGAAACAGGUUCAAUUAAACUCUCCAACAAACUUUUCAUCCUCGUCUCUUUUGGUUUUCCCUACAGAUGUCUCUGCAGAAAAUGUGGUGAAGAGUAAUAGCAAUGUAAAGUCAAAGAGGAAUGGGGAAAAGUCUCAACAAAUGGCUGGGGAGGUUGAAGACCAAGUGCUACCACGUCAAAGACGACAAGAAAGACAACGCCUUGGACUUAAGACCCCAUUACCACCAAUGCCGCCGGUGCCUGAGACUGAGCAACUUGUCGAAUGCUUGACAGGGGUUGUUCCGGCUACAGUUUCAUCACUUGCUCCACCAAAAGCUAAAGUAUUAAAAGCCUCUGCUAGAGAAGUUUCUACAAAACCGUUGAUUGUGGAGAAACCAAAUGUUGCACGAUUUUCAUUUCGAAGUUCUGAAGGGACGGAUUUUAAGCAGCCAGAUGUUAAUUCUGGUACUAACUGGAAGACAACAAUGGUUAACACAGAACAGUGUGAACCACAAAUAACCAAAAAAAUUCAGUUGAAAGCUGACCGAGAGGAAGGUUUAAAAUCAGAAAUAGAGCAAUCAAGGGCGAAAAAUAAAAUCAAUUGUUUGGACAAUGCAAAUCCAAGGCAGCAGUCAGGGUUUAAUGGUAAGUUUUUACAAAAUGAGAUGGGGGAAAACCAAGUUUGGACAAAGUUUAACCAGAUUUUAGGCAUAAGUUCUAAGGUGCAAAAUAUUUCUAAGUCAGCCGUUUUCUCCCCGGUACCAACAGCUGUCACCAAGGCAGCUGCCAUAGCCUCCAGUGCCCCCACAGCCCCCACAGCCAAAGAGCAGCUGCCGCACCCGAUUCAGCCGCAGCUCUCCAGCCAGCCGCAACUGCGGCUACACCAGCAGUCGAUCUCUGUUGGUGGUGAUGUUUCACGUCAGCCCAGCGAAAAGGCUGAGCCAUUGGACGACGUUGUUGUUGGUAAUUAUAAUAUCGAGUCAAGUCAGGGUUCUAUACGAGGCCAACCGAUAUCGACACAAAGCCACCAGCUUCACUAUGGCAGCCGUAGUCAGCAGCAGCAGCAUAAUUGUAGGCGAAGCCAGUACAAUAGCACACGAACCACGACAACAAUAGCCACAAGCUACGAGGACGCUGAACUUGCUCGAUUUUUGCAACAAACAGUCCCUUUACAGCAAGAACUUUUGCGUGAAGUUGAAGAAAGUCCAGUCAAUUCUACAGCUAGCGUUCGUGCAGGCCGUGCUGAGUAUGUACGGAACUGGGUUGGGACUGGAGGUAAUUUGACGUUUGGAUCUUCAGUUGGCCUUACUAUAAAUAAUGAUUCAAGACGACAAGAUAGUUUAGGUGAAGGGUUUAAUGGCAUUGCUGUAGGCACUAAUGGGUCUGCUCUUGAUGGUGUGACUGAUACUGGGGAUUUAGUGAAGAUGCAUAGUAGUACACGUAAUAUUGUGCGUUUAUCAAUUAUUUCUGACGACGACUACGACGACGACGACGACUGCGAAGACGACAACAAUGGCGAUGACAGCGGACACAAUGAAAAGAGGCAGGAAAGUUUACUGUCACUUGACAAAGCUGCGACAAGUGCCAAAAGAGACCGGUCAAGUUAUUAUCUUUGUGGGUUUGAUUACCUUAAGGAUGAAAUUGAUACUACACCACAGCAACCAGAUAGUGAUUUAAAAGAGGGCAAUUUGACAGGACCGACUUUAGGUAAUGUGGCACUGUUUGAUUCAAGCAGCAGUAAUUACGAUGGAACAAGCUCUGAUGAUGAGGGAAAACGAGUAGGCCCCAGCGAGUUGAGCGGAUGUGAUGACGAUGGCCGGGACUACAGGGCCUCGUAUCGAAGCUUUUACGAGUCUAUUAUUGCGAGCUAUGAAAUGUUUGGGUCUUCCGAAGGUGAUGGGAUAGGAAUUAGUAAUGGCACUGAGAUAAGCAGUGGUAGUGAUGAAACCGGUGGAACAGUGUCGUCUUCUAAGAUUGGGGCUAUGUCUACGAGUGAUUCUUCAGAAUCGCUUGUCCCUCUCAAGAUUAGUACCCGCGAUGGAAUCCGUCUUGCCAAUAAUAGUGAGCCUUUGGUUCGGUCAGUGAUUAAGCAGGAAUCCAAUGGAAGCUUGGAUAAGACAAGUUUGGUCAACAGUAUGGUUGAUGUUACCAAGGUUGGAAGUGGUAAUGGUAGUGGAAGUGGUAGUGGAAGCAGUGGUGGAAGCAAGACUAGUAUGGAAGAGACAGAAGAAGAUGUUUUGGUGGAUUUAAGCCAAAAGAUUGAGGUGUCAAAUGAGGAUGUGGUGGCUUUGCACAGUGACGAAAGCAAAUGGACAAAAAGUGGGCUUGGCCGAGUGAUGAGUAAAUUGAGACGGACAAAGGAUAUCGGUGAUGACGAAAAAGGGUCUCAACAACAACAACAACAACAACAACAACAAGAGCAGCAGCAGCAGCAGCAGUCAAUGAUUUCCAUUUCUAGAAAUGAUAAUAAAAAAGAAGAUGUGAUGGCUUUAAUGAGAAAAAUUAAUAGUUCGACGGUACCUGAAGUUAGGGAUCAUCCUGUUAAGGUUCCGAUUAAGGUACGGAAUACAGUAUCUAAGCCUGUGAUAACGACACCUCUGCAGCAACCACAGAAUUAUAAUCACCACCAGCAAAAGCAAAAACCCCCAAAGCAGGAGAAGCAUCAUCAGGUACCACCACAUUCAGUGCAGCGGGAAGGCAGACGUUUAACACCAGUAUCGAGCAGCAAGAACAGUGUUGGGAGCUUGCAGGCGCAGCACCAAAAACGUCCUGAAAAGGUUGAUAAUUUACAACGUCUGCAGCCGCAAGGGCAGGUGAAAGGAUGCAGAGCUCAGCCGCAAGGAAAAGAACUUCAAGGAGGAGUAGAGGUAGGAAGAAGAGACUACCAUCAAAGCCCUUCGAGAUCUUUAGGAAGAUCAAAUUAUCAUUAUCAUCAUCAGCAACAGCAACAGCAACAGCAGCAGCCAGCAUCUGAAAUAAUUCCCAAUCGUAGGGCAACUUUUGGGUCGCCUGGUUCAACAACUAGGACAGGUUUAGGCCGGGUAGGGACUAAUUCUGCGGCAUUGAUGCGGCCAGUUUCUCAGCGAAGUGAGCCUGGAUUACAAGCUGCACAUUUCCAGUUGCAGCAGCAGCAACAACAACAGCAGCAGUUACGGCGGCAGCAAUUCCAAGCCCAGUUUCAGGCUCAGUUUCAGCAACAUUUUGAGCAGCAGUUUGCGUUGCAAAUGCAAAUGCGUCGUCAAGAACAGCAGCAGCAAAGCCUUGCGAACUCACCAGCACCAAUGGGAGGAACUGGGGCAGUAAUGUCGCCAGUUGUUGCAUCGCCAAUCUCAUUGUCGAAUCGAGAUUAUGUUGGAUUCCAGCCACUUUUGCCUGCAGUAUGCCGUCAAAUGAGUAAACCGGUGGCAGCGUAUCAUUAUGGGGAUUAUGGCCACGCGCCGUUACGAGGCCAGUCGGCGAGAGUGCGUCCUCAUCUACCAUUAUCACUAAUAAAAAUGGGUUUUGGUCGCUCUUGCUUCAUUUCAGUCUUCCCCUAUAUUGGCUCACUCGGAGCCUUUUUCCUCACCCUUAUCGUGGUGCUGGGCUCAAUUCGGUCCAACGUUUUAACCAACGUUUACUUUCUACGGGUUGAUAUCUCAAACCUCACAGCCUCUAGUGCGCUAGAAAUGCUAUCAGGAACUACAGUAGACUCGUCACUAGAGUCUGCAAUUAAUACCAUCAUCAAUGAGGAAACCCCCUUGCCAGACUUUUACACCACGGCCCUAUGGAACUACUGCUACGGUAACGUUUCAUCAAACUCCUCCCGCACCCUCUCCAAGUUAGAAUCUCUUGUUAACCUCGAUGGCAAGUACCACGUCACUUAUUGCUCGGAUCCAAAAGCCAUGUACUGGUUUAACGCGACUCAAGUUCUCCUUGAAACUGAAGGUGCUGGCUCUAACUCUUCAAACACCACUGUGAUUUCAGAAACUGUUUCGGAUGUGCUGACGACCGCCAUUGAGACUGCAUCGAAUCUUGAUGAUGUUCGCAAGUACAUGGGCACUAUUGAAGGUGUUUCGAAAGCAUCUUUUGUUAUAUACAUUAUUUCGCUGGUGUUUUUGUUUUUGACACUGGUAGUGGGUCCAUUUUCGUGCUCGUCGCGCGGUGUAAAUUGUUGCUCCACUAUUCUCUCACUCAUUUCAUUUGCCCUAGUACUUGUUGCAACAGGGUUAGUCACAGGCAUGUACACCAUCCUGCGCAACCUGAUCAAUAAUAAUCUGGGCCAGUAUGGGAUUGAAGCCAGUUUAUCUUCGACAAUGCUGGGUAUUGCCUGGGGUGGCGUGGGGGCUGCGCUGUGGGCUACAUUUUGGUGGUUCUUUUCAAUCUGCAUUGGAUCUACACACAAAAAACACGAGCCAGAAAAGGAGCCCUUCAUUCCAUACAACAACUACCCCCCACAGCAUCCAUAUUAA